CUUUCCCGGCUUGAUCAGGUCAACGCGACGGACUGUGUGCGUCCCGCUAAUAAUAAACGCGAUCAGUUAACUAUUAAACUUUUUUUUUUAUUUUUUUUCCCCCCCAUUUUUCGUGUUCUGCUCGGAAGAGGCUGAAGCGCAGUCGGCUUCUCAAUGGUCGCUGCUGAAGUGUCGGACUCGCCGUGAAACAAGGUGUGCUGCCGAGAUGGUCAUCUGGGUAUUUGUGCUUACUGUAGUUCUGGCAGCCGAGUUUGCGCACGGGGGUGCGAAGUUCCAGGAGCCAUGCUCAGGACAGGACUGCAGCGAAGGGUGCCAGUGUAACCCGGAAAAGGGCGGAAGGGGUCAGCCAGGACCUCUUGGACCUGUAGGACCAAAUGGAGCUGAAGGUUCUGCAGGAGGCCAGGGCCCCUUGGGGCCCAGAGGGGAGAAGGGCCACCAUGGACCAACAGGUCUAACGGGACCAACAGGAGACAAGGGUCCGAUGGGUGUGCCAGGGUUUCCAGGAGCAGAUGGGGUUCCGGGUCAUCCUGGGCAGGAUGGGAGCAGGGGACUCCCUGGAUAUGAUGGCUGCAAUGGCUCUGCUGGAGACUCAGGCCUCCGUGGACAGGAUGGCCAGGAAGGUCCUCCCGGGAUGCAGGGACCACGAGGGCUAAAAGGCCAAAAAGGAGAGUCUGUGUACUCUGGACCAAACAGCGGUGGGCCCAAGGGACAACCAGGAUUGCCUGGAUUGGAUGGCCUGAUUGGCCCACAAGGUCCUCCCGGGUUCCCUGGUCUGAUCGGUCCCAGAGGUCCUGACGGCUUUCCAGGCUCCCCAGGCCCCCCUGGCUCACCUGGCCCAACAGGCAGUGCAGGCCAGGGCCUUCAGGGGGAGAGGGGAGACAGGGGGGACGCGGGUCCACCUGGACCCCCAGGACAGCCGGGGGAGGAAACGCUAGUAGAAGGGCCCACUAUAAGCACUUCCUUCAGAGGAGAUAAGGGUGAACCUGGAGUCAAAGGGGAACCAGGCCAACCAGGGCUUCCAGGACCUCCCGGACCCUUUGGUUACCCAGGUGAAGUCGGUGAGAAGGGAAUUCUGGGACUGCCAGGAGGACGGGGUUCUCCAGGUCUGAAUGGGCCCCGUGGACCACCUGGUAGACAGGGCUUCAUAGGGGACCCUGGGUUUCCUGGUCAGUCAGGAUUCUCUGGACCUAAGGGCAGUCGGGGUGACCUGGGCCCCCCAGGCCCUCCUUCCUACAUUGACAAGCCAGGAGAAUAUGUACAAGGUCCCCGUGGUGAUCCUGGUGCUUCUGGUUUACCUGGGGACCCUGGAGACCAGGGACCUGAUGGUUUGCCAGGGCUACCUGGCCUCCCAGGAGUCAUGAGUUUCCUCAGAGGUCUGCCAGGCUCUCAGGGAGUGCCAGGAUCUUCAGGACCCAAAGGGGAGCGGGGAAACCCUGGUCAGCCGGGCAUUGAAAAUGAGGGAGUGAAGGGGAGAUCAGGUUUGCCAGGGCCUCCAGGUCCUCCAGGGCCCCCUGGCCCCAGAGCCUCAUCUCCAGGUGUGUUCCUAGGUGAACAAGCUGGACCGCCUGGACCAAAGGGCCAGAGGGGUCCCACUGGUACCAAGGGCACCAAAGGACUGAAAGGAGAUUUUGGAGACUGCCAGUGUGUAGGUGGUGGAGAAGUUGGGCAGGAGGGACCUCAGGGCCAACGUGGGCCCCCUGGCUUAACUGGGUUCUUUGGUAGGAAGGGUGAAACUGGCAAUCAGGGGCCACAGGGCUUCCCUGGUGCCUCAGGCCCUAAGGGACGUGCAGGAGAGCGAGGGUUACCAGGGCAGAAGGGAGAGAAGGGCAAGUCUUUCUUCCCCCUGCGCCGGGGUGCAAAGGGUGACCAAGGUGUUAAGGGACUGCAGGGAAUCCCAGGGGUCAUGGGCCGGCCUGGAAGAGAUGGACUGCCUGGCUUCCCAGGGCAACCCGGACUUCCUGGUGACAGCGGCAUAGGGCUCAUUGGAGAUAGAGGCUUUCCUGGACCCUCAGGAGAGAAGGGCCGACAAGGAGACAUUGGGGAGCCUGGACUUGGGUACCCAGGUAACACAGGUGUUCGUGGACCACCUGGUGACCCAGGCUUUGACGGCCCUCCUGGACAAUCUGGAUUACCUGGACCACCAGGUGACUUUCUCUGUCGGGUGGCGGAGGUUAAUGAAGCCUCUGUCGCAGAGGGAGGAAAUACGCUGCUAUGUCGGAUCCAAGCCGAGGGUGGAGACCCAGGCCUCCCCGGCCUGCCAGGACCUCCAGGUCCAAAAGGACAACCUGGCUUUCCCGGAGAAGAUGGUCAAAAGGGUUUUGAAGGCACAAAAGGCGAGAGGGGGGAAUCUGGCUUUGGAGGACAGCCUGGCCCACAAGGCUUUCCAGGGCCCCGAGGGGAGGCGGGGGCCCCUGGACUACCAGGUGAGAGCUUUCCAGGACUGUCAGGCAAGGAUGGCCUUCCAGGGCUGCCUGGAGAGAAGGGGCAACCAGGUGAGGUGUUGGAGGUCAUUGAGGGGCCCCAGGGCUUGCCGGGCCUGGCUGGUGGACCAGGGGACAAGGGCCAGCCUGGGGAGCCUGGACUGCUGGGGCCACCUGGCCUCGAAGGGAGCUCAGGGGAUCCUGGGGAAAAGGGGGAACGUGGUGAGGAUGGCUUCCCAGGGCUCCAAGGUCCACCUGGGCCCCCAGGGGACAGCACCCAGGGUUUGAAACGGGGACCACCAGGAGCCGCGGGGAUGAAGGGUUUCAUUGGAGCUCCAGGAUUCCCAGGACUCAAGGGCUCAGCAGGUGAACCAGGAAUCCCUGGGCCUUCUGGGAUGAAAGGCCUGCCAGGACCACAAGGAAGUCCAGGGCAGUCUGGACCCAGGGGCUUCCCAGGCUCCCCAGGACCUGGGGGACGAGACGGCAUCCUUGGACCACCUGGAAAAAAGGGCGAGAGAGGAGUACCUGGGAUGCUUGGAUUCCCCGGCAUGGCUGGAGUGCCAGGGAUCCCUGGGGUUCCUGGUGUUAAGGGUACAUCGGGUUCCCCUGGACGAGAUGGUCCGCAAGGAGAAUCUGGAGCAAAGGGCCAGAAAGGGGAUCAGGGAAACCCUGGACCUCCAGGGCUUCCGUCUCUUCCCCCACUGGCAGAGGUCCUGGAGAAAGGGGAACGUGGAAGCAGUGGGCCAAGCGGACCUCCAGGGUUUCCAGGUCCAAGAGGUGACAAAGGUUUCCAGGGUCAGCCUGGUGGGCCAGGCCUGCCUGGACUACCUGGGGUCCUGAGCAUGGAAAAGGGAGCUCCCGGGGUCCCUGGAUUGGCUGGUUUCCCAGGUAGCCUUGGCCUCCCAGGUCCAAAGGGUUCCCCUGGGAUCAUCGGAUUUCCUGGAAUGCCUGGACCACCAGGGGAAGAUGGGAUACCAGGUGUACCUGGAUUCCCGGGUGGGCCUGGCCAGCAAGGAGAAAAAGGUGAGCGGGGUGACACCAUCAGCUUACCUGGAGCCCCAGGCAGUAAAGGUGUACCCGGAGACCCUGGAAUUCCAGGUGGCAGAGGGAACCCAGGUCCACAGGGUGACGCUGGCAACCCUGGUGACUCUGGCUUCAGCGGCCAAAAGGGCGCCCAGGGGGUACAGGGCAGUCGAGGGCUGACAGGUACCCCAGGUUUCCCUGGCAACGUGGGCCUGAUUGGGUUGCCAGGCAAAAGGGGGCUGGAGGGCCUUGCUGGACUUCUUGGAGCUCCGGGUGCUGAAGGCCCGAAAGGAUUUCCUGGUGCUCCUGGACUUGAUGGGCUCAAUGGACUGGGGGGACCCAAGGGCCCACCUGGAACUCCAGGUCUGAGUGAAAGAGGUCGUCCUGGAAACCAAGGCCCUGAUGGGUUCAAGGGUGAAAGAGGAGUCAGCCCUCCUGGAGUGCCUGGGCUCAUAGGAGAGAAGGGCCUCAGAGGAGAAUCAGGUACCCAAGGUCUGCCAGGCUUCCCUGGCCUUCCUGGACCUCGAGGAAGUCCCGCGAUGUCUGGCAUCCUUGGCCCACCAGGAGACCCUGGCUUACCUGGUUUGGAUGGAGAACAAGGGUUUCGUGGCCCUCCAGGACCCCCAGGCCCAGUAGGGCCCAACACUGUACAGGGAGAGAGAGGCGAUUCAGGCCUUCCUGGCCUGCCUGGCUCUCCAGGCCCACGUGGUGAUCCUGGUGAAGCUGGAGACCCUGGAAACCCUGGAGUCUUUGGAAUCAAAGGCGAGAUGGGGGAAAUUGGCUUCAGUGGACUUCCAGGACAACCUGGCCUGCCAGGGGACACUGGAAUCUUUGGGAUUAAGGGACCAAAGGGUUCUCAAGGGCCACGUGGCCGCAAGGGGCUACCUGGGACCACUGACCCACCUCUGAUUGAAAAGGUUCCCCCAGGGGAUGAAGGUUUCCCAGGCAUACCUGGACUUACUGGAGAGGAGGGGGACCCAGGACUGUCAGGACUACCAGGACGUCCAGGCCCAAAAGGGCGAGUUGGAACCCCAGGGUCACUGGGACGUCCUGGACAAAUGGGUCCUCCUGGACCUCUAGGAGACCCAGGGACCCCUGGUUUACGUGGACCAAUUGGAGAGCGAGGGAUAGCAGGCAAACAAGGGCCCCCUGGUGUGCCAGGACUAUCACUGCCCACCCUCAGCAUGGGCUACACACUGGUGAAGCACAGCCAGACAAGUGAGGUUCCUACCUGUCCACAGGGAAUGGCUCCCCUUUGGGAAGGGUACAGUCUGCUCUACGUGGAAGGCCAGGAGAAGGCUCACAAUCAGGACCUGGGUCUGGCAGGUUCCUGUCUACCACGGUUCAGCACUAUGCCUUUCCUCUACUGUAACAUCAAUGAGCUGUGCUACUUUGCAAGCCGCAAUGACAAAUCAUACUGGCUUUCCACGACGGCACCCAUCCCCAUGAUGCCUGUAGCUGAAGACCAGAUAGCGGGAUACAUCAGCCGUUGCUCAGUGUGUGAAGCUCCCUCCCAGGCUGUGGCCGUACACAGUCAAGACCUCACCAUCCCCUCCUGCCCUGUGGGCUGGCGCAGUUUGUGGAUUGGCUACUCCUUCCUGAUGCACACUGCAGCUGGGGCGGAAGGUGGAGGCCAAUCCCUGGUCUCACCCGGCUCCUGUCUGGAAGACUUCCGCACAACACCCUUCAUUGAGUGCAACGGCGCCCGUGGCACCUGCCACUACUUCUCCAACAAGUACAGCUUCUGGCUGACCACGGUGCAGCCGGAGGAGCAGUUCCAGCAGGCGCCGCAGCAAGAGACACUGAAGGCCGGACAGCUUCGCACCAGAGUCAGCCGCUGCCAAGUCUGCAUGAAGGUCCUGUAGCUGCGGGCACAACCUGAUCGUCGGGAGGGGGGCUUGGUAGAUCACUGACAGACUUCAACCCCCACACCCCCAGCCCCUGCUGCUCCAGAUUUCCUCCAAACACGCUGUUCUUCCCGUCUGUGUACGGUGUGGAGGGAGUCUGGAAGGGACAGUAUUAUUGUCAGAACUUAGUUCUCACAGCUGCAGUGUGUUUUAUAGACUUUGUUGUGUCUGUGCUCGUUCCUCUGGGUUUCAGUCACGUUUUUCUUCCGUUAUUCUCAGCUACCUCGGAGUCGGUGCUCAAACCUCCACAGAUCGGGAAUGGAUAAUCCAUUUGUACUUCUCACUUUCAGCUAAACAUAGCUUCACAGUCUAACUGAUUUGAGCAAGUUCUCCACCAAGUAGCAAUACCGCAUAUUCAUCUCUUCCCCUGCUCACCAUGAUGGCCUCUUGGGCCUUUUUCUGUUUUGCUCCUAAUGCAAAGUUUUAGCAUUCUCUCCUCCAUCAUCGCCAUCGGACACACUAGUGCAGAAAGAGUGACCAAAUGAGAUGUGUCGAGCCAUUUUAUAGGUUCCCUGGAAAUGAGAAGGUUCCUGUGUUAAAACACGUGAUUGUGCACUGUGCCGUAUUGCACUGAAUUGACCUCAUGGCACACCCACUUUGGGGAACCACUGGCUGAAUACGAUUUGAUAGGAUUUAUCAGGUGAUACUCCCAGCAUUAACUGGUGUGAUUUCUCAGUAUAGCUCUAGAUGGCACACCUGUGUCUUCCAAGCUCCACAGUCAGACACAGACAGACUGACAGACAGACCUGGAAACACAGUUAUUAUCCCCUCACCCAGUGUUUAGACACUGUUCCCCUGGUGAUACCUUUGAGGUUUUUGGCAGGAAAAAUGGGCAAGAUGACAUUUCACCCAUGAGUGAGCCAAAAUAAACAUUUUAGAAAAGUAUCACUUGUUGUUUUCCCUAGCAUAAA